GACAUUGGAAGAUAUAGCAAAUUGAUCUCCCCAAAGAACACCGGGCACAAUGAGGAGAAAGAGGAGAAGUUGCUUAAGAGAUGUCCUCCCGGCCAUGAGGGGACAAGGUUUGUGGACAUACCCGCCACCAUUCUAGAUGUGUCCGGCACCAUCAUCACACGGUACCUCCUAGACACCCUGACAGCCGAAACACAGAAGGAAAUUUGGGCAGCCACCAAGUUGCUGUCUCCGAGUCUGGAAAGAAGUAUGAAGGUUGAUGGGAAUUGGCGAACCAAUCCGGAGUGGUUCAAAUGCCACUUGGAAGAUGUUGGCCUAGCUGCCAGGUGCAUUAAUUUAUCUCUGGCAUGGUUUCAACAGGGGCACAAGAAUCUAGCGGACCCGGAGGUAUCUGCAUCAUUAAAGGGACCAUUGUCCGAGGGAAUCCUAAAUGCCAUUGCAAGGCCGGCAGCCAUCACAUCAGUGGCACUCAGGAUCAUGCAUCCGGAGCAGUACUGGGCAGGGUUACAAACAUUUUCAAGCCUUGGAGAACAGGCAGAAAGCAAGGAACUGCCAAGAAUGUCCGAGAUCCUGGAGUACUGGGCAUCCGUGUUUAACACCCUAUCCAUCAUUUCCAAUCGUCAAACCCCAUAUCAUCGAGACCAUUUAUCAAUUCCUGAAUGCUUCGAUAUUCUCACCACUGUGGGGAAUUAUUCUAAUGCUCGG